AGAUUUCUCCCCCUCCUCCUUUAAAUACCCCAUAUGUCCCCUUUUCUUCUCACCGUUGAAGGAAGCGAGCGAGCGAGCGAAAUCGAACCGUAUUGCAGCAGAUCGUAUAAUUCUCUUUCCAAUCUUUCUUAUCUAAUCCAAGAUUAGAGAAUGUCGUUGAUUCCGAAUUUCUUCGGUGGCCGAAGCAGCAGUGUUUUCGAUCCUUUCUCUCUCGACGUCUGGGAUCCCUUCAAGGAUUUUCCUUUCCCCUCUUCUCUCUCACCCUCUCUAGAAAAUUCUGCGUUUAUCAGCACUCGGGUGGAUUGGAAGGAGACCCCGGAGGCUCAUGUUUUCAAGGCUGAUCUUCCAGGGUUGAAGAAGGAGGAGGUGAAGGUCCAGAUUGAAGACGACAGGGUGCUUCAGAUAAGCGGAGAGAGGAACGUCGAGAAGGAAGACAAGAACGACAAGUGGCAUCGCAUUGAGCGCAGCAGUGGCAAAUUCAUGAGGAGAUUCAGAUUGCCUGAGAAUGCAAAAAUGGAUCAGGUAAAAGCUUCCAUGGAGAAUGGUGUUCUGACUGUAACUGUUCCAAAGGAAGCGGUUAAGAAACCUGAGGUUAAAGCCAUCGAAAUUUCUGGUUAAGAAGAGUGUCAUUCCCUGCUUUCUCUCUGGGCUUGUAGUCUCAAAUGUGUCUGUGUGAAGUCAGAACUGAAAGAGUGUCUUUUGUACAAUGGUGUGUUCUGUUUUUUUUUUUUUUUUGGUCGUCAUUACCUUGGGAUGGAUAGGAAAGAGAGCAUCGUCUAUGAUCCUUUCCUGUAGAUUUCAUACUUGGUCUUGAUUAGUGUGGCUUCGGAAUAAAAUAUAAGCACGUUUUCUUAUUAAAUCAUUUUUUGGAUUUUUUUUCUUAUUUAACUUGGUUCAUUCUGGGUUUGUAACUCGAGCCUGUAUUGUGGAAGCAGCACGAAUUGCAUUGCUGAGAAAUCAUAAAACUAUGCUUGGCGCGAUGAGUGGAGGUAAAAGUUUGGGAGAUGAUGAGAUGAGUGGGGGUAAAAUUACAUUAAUUUUACUCCACCUGGAUAUGGAAAGAAAAGUGGAAGGAGGAGGAAAUUGAUGAGAAAAUAAUAUGUGGGGUUUAC